UUUAGGCAUCAGUUGCUCAUCAGUUUCUUAUCGAAUAGACGUAAAAUAAACAUUAUCAAAAAUGAAACUGAUUGUACUAGUCGUUGCCGCCCUCGUGGCCGUCGCCCUCGCCGCACCCGCGGAAAAAGAACCCACCAAAAUUCUUCGUUCCGAAUUCGAACAGCAGCCUGAAGGCGGAUACAAUUACGCUUACGAAACUGAAGACGGCAUCAAAAAGGACGAGAACGGUGAGCUUAAAACCGUCAAUGACGAGGAGAACAAACCCCACGAUGUUGUUGUGAUGCGCGGCUCGUACAGCUACACCGACGCAGAGGGCAAACCCCACAGCGUUACCUACUACGCCGACGAGACCGGCUUCCACGCUGAAAGCGAAGACAUCCCCAAGGCCGCCUAGGCUCUCAACGGUCAACCCUGACCAUCAGUCAAACCGUGCCACGAACAUUAGUUACCUAGUUAAGUCAACUUUAUGGGGACGCGAGCGCGGCAUCCGCUACGCAUUUCCCUAGUUUUUUUUUAUUAUUUUGAUGCUCACUGCCAUAUUUUUUACGUUUAUACUGUUUUUGUUGACUUGUA